UACAGGGUCAACAGAGUCCUUCAUUUUGGAUUCCAUUAGGGGUGCUCCGAUCAGGAUUUUUGUGGCCGAUUACCGAUCUCCGAUCACUAGAAGCUGUAUCGACCGAUACCGAUUACAGGGUCUAUUUUGAAAGUUUUCCAUCUGUCCACUGCUACACUUCACAGGGGUGUUUUGUUUUUGUUUUGUUUGUAGGUUGCCAUUAAACACCUCCGUAAGGAUGGCUCGGACCUGUACAUCACCGUUCCUGGCGAGACCUGCAAGCUCCAUCUAGAGGUGGCUUUAAUGCCAGCAGCGGCGACACUCGGCACAUGUGGCAAGGCAUCCAGUCCAUCACCAACUACAGGCCAGCUCCACCUGCCUGUGACAGUGAUGCCUCCCUUCCAGAUGUGCUGAACAGCUUCUACGCUCGGUUCGAGGCACAAAAUGACGUGACAGCGAGGAAGACCAGCCCUUCUUCAGAGGACCAGGUGCUCUGUCUCACCACGGCUGAUGUGAGGAAAACUCUACACAGAGUUAACCCACGGAAAGCUGCUGGACCAGACAACAAUUCUGGCAGAGUGCUCAGGGAAUGUGCAGAACAGCUAGUAGACGUCUUCACGGACAUCUUCAACAUCUCCCCGAGCAGCGCCGUCGUCCCAACGUGCCUAAAGUCAACCACUAUCAUCCCCGUGCCGAAAAAGUCUCCAGUGUCCUGUCUCAAUGACUACCGUCCCGUUGCACUCACACCCAUCAACAUGAAGUGCUUCGAGAGGCUCGUCAUGAGACACAUUAAGAACCUGCUGCCCCCGUCACUUGACCCCAUGCAGUUUGCGUAUCGUCCAAAUCGAUCCACAGACGAUGCCAUCACCACAACCCUCCAUCUGGCCCUCACACACCUGGACAAUAAAUACACUUACCUACGAAUGCUGUUCAUUGACUUCAGUUCAGCAUUCAAUACGAUCAUUCCUCAGCACCUGAUCUAGAAGCUGAGUCUGCUGGGUAUCAACACCUCCCUCUGCAAUUGGAUCCUGGAUUUCCUGACUGGAAGACCUCGGUCAGUCCGGAUCGGGAACAGCAUCUCCAGCACCACCACACUGAGGGCUGUGUGCUCAGUCCACUGCUGUUCACUCUGCUGACUCACGACUGUGCAGCAAUGCACAGCUCUAAUCAUAUCAUCAAGUUCGCCGAUGACACGACCGUGGUGGGUCUCAUCAGCAAGAACGACGAGUCAGCAUAUAGAGAGGAGGUGCAACAUCUAACAGCCUGGUGUAAAGUCAAUAACCUGUCUCUGAACGUCGACAAGACUAAAGAGAUGGUUGUUGACUUCAGGAGAGCAAAGAGUGAACAUUCUCCACUGAACAUUGAUGGGUCCAUCGUGGAGAUCGUCAAGAGCACCAAAUUCCUUGGUGUCCACCUGGCAGAGGACCUCACCUGGUCACUCAACACCAGCUCCAUCACCAGGAAAGCCCAGCAGCGUCUCUAUUUCCUGCGAAGGCUGAGGAAGGCUCAUCUCCUACCUCCCAUCCUGACCACCUUCUACAGAGGGACCAUCGAGAGCAUCCUUAACAGCUGCAUCCGCAGACAUUUACUCCACUCGCUGCAUCCGCAAAGCUAACAGCAUUGUGGAUGAUCCCACACACCCCUCACAUGCACUCUUCACCCUUCUACCAUCUGGAAAGAGGUACCGAAGCAUUCGGACCCGCACAACCAAACUGUUGAACAGAUACUUCCCUGAGGCUUUCAGAUAUCUCAACAGAGAACUGAGCUGAGCUGGACACACACACACACACACAACCAAGAUCUGAUCUCAACAUAGAACUGAGCUGAGCUGGACACACACACACACACGUACAACCAAGAUCUGAUCUCAACAGAGAACUGAGCUGAGCUGGACACACACACACACACGUACAACCAAGAUCUGAUCUCAACAGAGAACUGAACUGUGCUGGACAUGUACUCGCACACACAUACAUAACGCACAUGCACAAAAGCUGAGAACUGUGUUCCAAGAGGAACUGAACUGUGCUGGACACACACACACACAUACUAAAUUGUCCUGUUUGCAUGCACAUUCACUUUACAUUUCACUUUAUAUUAAUCCUGUUUACAUGUCAAUUUCAUAUUUAUAUUCACUGUAUACACUGUUCUUUGCGCAAAGUGUCAGUUUUAUAUCUGCAUGUCUAUAUGUUGUUUGUCUGCACUGUCUUGUCUUGUCGUCCUGUGCACUUCUGUUGUAUGUCUAGUUUAUUUCUUGCACCUUAAGUAUAGUUUAGUUUUAUCUCUAUGUUUAGCUUUAUGUUUGUCCGCGUCACUGUACUUUGUCUGUGUUAUGUGUAGCACCUCUGGUCUAGGAGGAACGUUGUUUCAAUUCACUGUGUACU